AUGGGACGCAAGAAGCCGGCUCCCCAGCCGCUCACGUUGCAGGCCUCAGCCACUUCUCCUACGGCAGCCGUGCGUAGCGGCGACAACAGCAGCAGCACCGGCCCUGAAAACAUGGCUUCUGCAGCAACUUCUCUAUCCGCCGCAGACUCCUCCAGAUCGCCCGUAUCUGCAACGGUCCCCCGCUCAUCUCCCUUUACCUCCAAGUUCUCUUCCCAAAACAGACGUCCUCAGACGGCACGCCCAGGCGGCGAAUCCUCGUCUUCUCACUCCUUUGCCGACCAGCAACAGCCGCAGCAGCAGCAGCCGCAGCAGCAGCAGCAGCAGCAGCAACAACUCUCCGCCCAGUUCGAGACCACGACCGUGUCGACCCGUUACGAGCCUGUCCCUGCGUCCUCGUCUCAGCCAGACGCCAGCAGACCUAGGACCGGACGCUUCCAUUUCAGCAAACCAUCAAAGACCUCCAAUCAGUUGACGGGCCAUUCUCACAAGCAAUCGGAACCCUUGGUCCCGCUCAGAGCGCAAAUCCAAGGCAAUCCCAACCAGAUCGACGCUGCCCCGACGCCCGUCAAGUCUUCGAACCCCCUGAGGCUCAGGUCAUCACGAUCCGAACUGUCCCUUCUGUCUACCGGUGAUCGCGAAUCCAACAAUACCAGCCUGGCCCCCCUCAGCAGAAAGAACAAGCCAAAGUCGUUUGGGCUCCUUGCAAGAAACAAGUCGGUGCGUGAUAGGGAGAUUAGCAGCCCAACCGAGCUGCGCGAUCCGAUGCCAGGCCUCGCCCCUCAACCGACCGCACUGCAACCCAUGAAGGACGCCAGCUCACCCGCCUUGAAGACCGCAUCAGCCGCCAAUGAGCGCUCAUUCCGAGAUAUGAUGGAUUCGUCCUCGCAGCGCAACAAAUCCGAGGACCGCGCACCCAAAAACGCCAACAACGCCGACAGCACCAACAGCAGGGAAGGCACUUCGUCCAGCAGCCGCGAAAACAGCAGUAACCGCCAUCAGCACCAUCACCAUCACCGCGACAAGGACGCUCGGGAAAACAAGACCCCCAACCUCCCGCCCGUGUCGAGAGAGAAUGGAAGCUUUCUCAGUGGCCUUAGGAGCUCGUCGACCAAGGCGGCAGGAAUGAUUGGCAGCCGCUUCUUCGGUAGGGGCCUCCGCAGCGCUCACGCAUCCGACCGCGAGUCGUUAGACGACGAGCACUAUGUCAUCAAGGUGCUCAACCUGCCCCUCGCCGAGCAGGCCCGCAAGACACGCAUCUCGAAGCGCCUGGAGGAUUCGAGAGACAAGACGGAGUUCUGGAUGCCCUCGUUCCCCUGGAGGGCUAUCGACUAUCUCAACUACAAAGGUUGCGAGAUCGAAGGCCUCUACCGUGUGCCGGGAAGUGGCCCACAGAUUAAGAAGUGGCAGCGGAGGUUUGACGAAGGUGAGAUGAGCCUGCUCGGGGCUCUGGGCCCUGCCGACUCUGGUGCGUGGAGUGUGCAGCAACUGACGCGAAUUCAUCUACUUGCAGAUCUUGACGUGGACCUGUUUGAGCAGGACGACCUAUACGACAUCAACAUCAUCGGAUCCAUGCUCAAGGCCUGGCUGCGUGAGCUGCCGGACGAGCUGUUCCCCAAGGCGGCCCAGGAGCGCAUCUCUCGGGAGUGCGCCGGUUCCGAGGAGGUGCCCCAGAUGCUCAUCGACGAGCUGUCUAACCUCUCCCCUUUCCAGUACUACCUCUUAUUCGCAAUCACGUGCCACCUGAGUCUACUUCUAGCCCACUCAGACAAGAACAAGAUGGACUUUAGGAACCUGUGCAUCUGCUUUCAGCCGUGCAUGAAGAUUGAUGUCUUCUGCUUCAAGUUCCUGGUCUGCGACUGGAGAGACUGCUGGAAGGGCUGCAAGAAUGAGAGCGCCUUCAUUGAGGAGGAGUACGCCCUUCUCGACCAGCCACCACCCCCAGGCCUGGGCCUGGCCGCAGUACAGGAGCCCACCUUCAACGAACAGAAGCCACCGGAGCAGAGACAGCAGCAGAGACCCCCCAAGACACCACCGUCCGACGGCGACGAUGACGCCGAAAGCAGCGUCAGCAGCAAGAACUCGACUUCGAGCGACCGCAGUACGGGGGCAAGCGCUUGGAAGACGCCGAAGACACAAGCAUCGCUGAACAGCGACCGAGAAAUUACGACCACCCCGAAACUGACCAAGACGGCCGCCCUUCGACGACUGUCACCCAUCGAACCGUUGUCGCCUCUCGGAUUCUAG